AUUACCCACAGACUUUUAUUGAGCAUCUACAGUGUGUAGGGCAUAAUACUAAGUGGUAGAGAUACAAAAAGCUAAGAGGCUCCAUGGUCCCAACUUCAGAAGUUUAUAGCUUAGUUGAGGAGAUGGGGGUCUAAUGUUAAAGUAAUCAUACUGGUUCCGCAAAGCAUACCCCAUACCAGUUCAUGGUUUAUAGUUCCUUCAAAAACUAUAAUGCCAUAAGGCAGCAUAGGCCAAGAGUCACAAACAGAACUAAGUGGAAUGGGGAUGGUCAGUCUUGGUUUGUGGGUGGGCUGUGUCUUCACAUGUUGGGACUCUGAGUAGGUGGGAAAUGAUGUCACUGUUAUCAGCUCUUUCGUUUUCCAUAUUCCAGGUUGAGAUAAAUAAGGUUAGGAGGUAAAAAGAAUCUAUCUUCCACUCCUACCUUCUAUUCCAAAACAGCAUUAUUGUUAGGCAACAACAAAGGAUAGAAAAAAAAGGAAGAGAAAGAAAGGACAGAAAGUCAAGAAUUGUGUUCUCUUUGGAUACUGAGAUGAUGCCUCCAGGGGGCAGCACCAAGGCAGAGAAAUACACUAAAAUUGCUCAUUCCUCCUUUCCUUGGUCUGGGGCUCCUCACACUUCCCCACCAUUACUCCUCCCAUUCCUUCCAACUUUAUUUUUAGCUGCCAGUGGGAGGGGGCAGGAUGGGAGGGAAAGUACAGAAAACAGAGAAGGAGAGGGACAGAGGCACAGAGGACUUCUCACGCAGACAGAGAACAUCCAGGCAUGGAGUUCCCCCUCAUCCCCCACCUGUUCUUGCCCCUGAUGUUCCUGACAGGUCUCUGCUCCCCCUUUAACCUGGACGUGCACCACCCACGCCUAUUUCCAGGGCCACCGGAGGCUGAAUUUGGAUACAGUGUCUUACAACAUGUUGGGGGUGGACGCCGAUGGAUGUUGGUGGGUGCCCCCUGGGAUGGGCCUUCAGGUGACCGAAGGGGGGAUGUUUAUCGCUGCCCUGUAGGGGGCUCCCACAAUGCCCCAUGUGCCAAGGGCCACUUGGGUGACUAUCCACUAGGAAAUUCAUCUCAUCCUGCUGUGAAUAUGCACCUGGGGAUGUCUCUGCUGGAGACAGCUGGUGAUGGGGGAUUCAUGGCUUGUGCCCCUCUCUGGUCUCGUGCUUGUGGCUCAUCUGUCUUCAGUUCUGGGAUAUGUGCCCGUGUAGAUGCUUCGUUCCGGCCCCAGGGAAGCCUGGCACCCACUGUACAACGCUGCCCCACAUACAUGGAUGUCGUCAUUGUGUUGGAUGGCUCCAACAGCAUCUACCCCUGGUCUGAAGUUCAGACCUUUCUGCGAAGACUAGUAGGGAGAUUAUUUAUUGACCCGGAGCAGAUACAGGUGGGACUGGUACAGUAUGGGGAGAGCUCUGUACAUGAGUGGUCCCUGGGAGAUUUCCGAACCAAAGAAGAAGUGGUGAGAGCAGCAAGGAACCUGAGCCGGCGGGAGGGACGAGAAACAAAGACUGCUCAAGCAAUAAUGAUGGCCUGCACAGAAGGAUUCAGUCAGUCCCGUGGGGGCCGACCAGAGGCUGCCAGGCUACUGGUGGUUGUCACUGAUGGAGAGUCACAUGAUGGAGAGGAACUUCCUACAGCACUAAAGGCCUGUGAAGCUGGAAGAGUGACACGCUAUGGGAUUGCGGUCCUUGGUCACUACCUCCGGCGGCAGCGAGACCCCAGCUCUUUCCUGCGGGAAAUCAGAGCUAUUGCCAGUGAUCCAGAUGAGAGAUUCUUCUUCAAUGUCACAGAUGAAGCAGCACUGACUGACAUUGUGGAUGCAUUAGGGGACCGGAUUUUUGGCCUUGAGGGGUCCCACGGAGAAAAUGAAAGCUCCUUUGGGCUGGAAAUGUCUCAGAUUGGUUUUUCUACUCAUCGGCUAAAGGAUGGGAUUCUCUUCGGGAUGGUAGGGGCUUAUGACUGGGGGGGCUCAGUGUUAUGGCUUGAAGGAGGUCGCCGCCUCUUCCCGCCACGGACGGCCCUGGAAGAUGAGUUCCCCCCUGCAUUGCAGAACCAUGCAGCCUACCUGGGUUACUCUGUUUCCUCCAUGCUUUUGCGGGGUGGACGCCGCCUCUUUCUCUCAGGAGCUCCUCGGUUUAGACAUCGAGGAAAGGUCAUCGCCUUCCAGCUUAAGAAAGAUGGGGCUGUGAGGGUCGCCCAGAGCCUCCAGGGGGAGCAGAUUGGCUCGUACUUUGGCAGUGAGCUCUGCCCAUUGGAUAUGGAUGGGGAUGGAACAACUGAUGUCUUGCUUGUGGCUGCCCCCAUGUUCCUGGGGCCCCAGAACAAGGAGACAGGACGUGUUUAUGUGUAUCUGGUGGGCCAGCAGUCCUUGCUGACGCUCCAGGGAACACUUCAGCCAGAACCCCCGCAGGAUGCUCGGUUUGGCUUUGCCAUGGCUGCCCUUCCUGAUCUGAACCAAGAUGGUUUUGCUGAUGUGGCUGUGGGAGCGCCCCUGGAGGAUGGGCACCAUGGAGCACUGUACCUCUAUCACGGGACCCAGAGUGGAGUCAAGCCCCAUCCUGCCCAGCGGAUUGCUGCUGUCUCCAUGCCACAGGCCCUCAGCUACUUUGGCCGAAGUGUGGAUGGCCGGUUAGAUCUGGAUGGAGAUGACCUGGUAGAUGUUGCUGUGGGUGCCCAAGGGGCAGCCGUCCUGCUCAGCUCCCGGCCCAUUGUUCACCUGGCCCCUUCACUGGAUGUGACCCCGCCGGCCAUCAGUGUGGUUCAGAGGGACUGCAAGCGACGCAGCCAGGAGGCAGCCUGCCUAUCCGCAGCCCUUUGCUUCCAAGUGACCUCCCGCACUUCCGGCCGCUGGGAUCGCCAAUUCCAUGUGCGGUUCACAGCAUCGCUGGAUGAGUGGACAGCUGGGGCCCGUGCAGCGUUUGACGGCUCUGGCCAGAGGCUGUCCCGGCGGCUCCGGCUCAGUGUGGGGACUAUCACUUGUGAGCCGUUGCACUUCCAUGUGCUGGAUACAUCAGAUUACCUCCGGCCAGUGGCCUUGACUGUGACCUUUGCUUUGGACAACACCACAAAGCCAGGGCCUGUGCUGGAAGAGGGCUCACCCACCUCCAUACGAAAGCUGGUUCCCUUCUCGAAGGACUGUGGCCCUGACAAUGAAUGUGUCACAGAUCUGGUACUUCGAGCUAAUAUGGACAUCAGAGGCUCCAGGAAGGACCCAUUCGUGGUUCGAGGUGGUCGGCGGAAAGUGCUGGUGUCAGCAACUCUGGAGAACAGGAAGGAAAAUGCCUACAACACUAGCCUGAGUCUCAGCUUCUCCAGAAACCUUCACCUGUCCAGUUUUAUUCCUCAGGGGGACGGCCCAGCGAAGGUGGAGUGUGCAGCCCCUUCCCCUCAUGCCCGCCUUUGCAGCGUGGGGCAUCCUGUCUUCCAGGCUGGAGCCAAGGUGACCUUUCUGCUAGAGUUUGAGUUUAGCUGCUCCUUCCUCCUGAGCCAGGUCCUUGUGAGGCUGACUGCCACCAGCAAUAGCCUGGAGAGAAAUGGCACGCUUCAUGAUAACACAGCCCAGACCUCAGCCUACAUCCAGUAUGAGCCUCACCUCCUAUUCUCUAGUGAGUCCACUCUGCACCGCUAUGAGGUUCACCCAUAUGGGACACUCCCAGUGGGCCCUGGCCCUGAAUUCAAAACCACUCUUAGGGUUCAGAACCUUGGCUGCUAUGUGGUCAGUGGCCUCAUCAUCUCAGCCCUCCUCCCAGCUGUGGCCCAUGGGGGCAAUUACUUCCUGUCACUGUCUCAAGUCAUCACUAACAAUGCAAGCUGCACAGUGCAGAACCUGACUGAGCCCCCAGAGCCCCCUGUGCAUCCAGAGGAGCUUCAGCACACAAGCUGGCUGAAUGGGAACAAUUCCCGGUGUCAGGUCAUGAGGUGCCACCUUGGGCGACUGGCAAAGGGGACUGAGGUCUCUGUUGGACUACUGAGACUGGUUCACAAUGAAUUUUUCCGAAGGGCCAAAUUCAAGUCUCUGACAGUGGUCAGCACCUUCGAGCUGGGAACUGAGGAGGGCAGUGUCCUACAGCUGACUGAAGCCUCCCGUUGGAGUGAGAGCCUCCUGGAGGUGAUUCAGUCCCGCCCUGUCCUCAUCUCCCUGUGGACCCUCAUUGGCAGCAUCCUGGGGGGGCUGCUUCUGCUUGCUCUCCUUGUCUUCUGCCUUUGGAAGCUUGGCUUCUUUGCCCGUAAGAAAAUCCCCGAGGAGGAAAAAAGAGAAGAGAAAUUGGAGCAAUGAAUGUAGAAUAAAGCCCUAGAAAGUCCUCCCUGGCAGCUUCUCCAAAAGACUUGCAUAACAGCAGAGGUUUGGGGGCUCAGAUGGGACAAGAAGAAGCCUCUGGACUAUCUCCCCAGACCUGCAGCCUGACUUGACCUUUGAGUCAUGAGGAUGCUGCUGGCAAGAGAUGAGGCCUUACCUCAGACGAGAAGGGCUGGCACUAAACACUACCACCCUGUGCUUCCCUCCUUACCAUCCUGGUUCCAGAGCCAACACUGGGGCCUUAGUGUAGGGCCCUUUUUCCCCAUCCCCAGGAAUCAAGAAUCUUUUGCCUAAGUCCCUGACUUCUUCCAGUUUCCCUCUACAUGCUCCCUCACAAUUUGGAAAGGACGAGGGUUAUCUUCCUCCAUUUUCCACCUCUCACCUUC